AUGGCCAGCCUCUACCAGGACACGACCACCUAUGGCUACCACGGCACCGACUACACCACUUAUCUGGGUAGUGCCGAGCAGGAGAUCUUCGCAGCCGGCUCCGGUUCCUCCCCAGAAGACUUCCACGUCCACUCGGCCACCGAGCCACACUUCGCUGCGUCCUCUGCUCUCCACGCCCACCCAGGCUAUCUCCCAUCCCCAACCGACCCCGUCGGCCCCGGGCCAGCAGUCUUUGACCAUGCCAUCCACGCCCACCAAUCCCACCUCCCGCGCUCGGCGCCCACCAGCUUUCCGGUCUCGGCCGACCAACACAAUACCCUCACUCUCGACACCAUGGGCCUAAGCUGGAACCCGGGCGCCACAUCCUCUUCCGCUAUCCCAACAUCCGCUACAACCGCCACAGCCGGCCCAGCAUCCUCCUCCGUCAACAACCAACCACCCCUCUCCCUCUCCCCCAGCCAGCUCGCCACCUUACCCGCCGCCGACCUCCGGUCCCUCAUCACCUCCCUCCAAACCACCCUCCACCAAACCACCCAAGAACGCGACGACGCCCGCAUGCACCUCUCCUCCACCCGCAACGAACUCUACGCCGCCCGCCAAAUCGAGCGCCGCUUGCGCGUCGAACGUGACGAGGCCCGCUCCCAGGCCGAGUAUCUCCGCGCCGAGCGCGGCCGCGCAAAACAGACCGAGGGCCGGCUCCGAAGGGAGCGUAACGAGGCGCGGGUGGCGGCCGCCGCCGCGGCUGCUGCGGUUGCCGGGGGGAGGGGAGGGAAGAAGGCGAAGAAGGGGCAUGAGAAAAAUGGGUCAGGGGGUGUGCUAGGGAUGGGGGAGAGUCAGGGGGAGGAAUCGGGGGAGAGUCCGACUAUGCUUAUGGAUUGA